AUGAGAGGGAAGGGGGUGUGGUCAACUCGUCAACGCCACCAGAUCUCGCGAUCACCUCGCCCCAGCCACCCACCCGAAAUCAGUUUGGCCAACACGGCUGCGCUCGGUGCCCUUUUUCAUAUCUACUUCCCGCCGUCAAGGACAACGUUUUCUGCGUUCAAGACGUUGACCCUCGUUGCCGUCGUCGCGAUGGUGUGCACCGCAGGCGACGUCGUACGGGGUGACGAAUCGUAUUGCGACAAGAGCAAAUCCCAGCCUGCUGUCGCCGUCAAGGACAUUGAGCCUACCAAGUAUAUGCUAGCAGAGUUUGCCGCGAAAGUGACGGUUUCCGCUGGGCGGUGCAUGGUGUUGGGUAGCAAUAGCCAUGGGUGCCCGGUGUUGUGUGUGUCUGCACCUCUACGUGUUGUCUAA